CGUGUCGCUCGUAUUCUUCUUAGAAUACAUCCAUGGCGUGUCGUGUUUGAAACGACAGAGAGAAACAUGAAUGAAGUCUCUAAUUGUAAUGUUUAAUCCCGUCUGUGGGGAAAAAAAAACACCGACUUAACCGUGUUCCGCAUGAUUAACGUCGCUAUUUGUUUCGUCUAUUCAGUUUCUCAUACUGUUCUCUGCUGGUAAAGCUAACGUUACUCAGUUAUGUCCAAAUCAACGAGAUUGGACUCAAAAGAAAAUGAGUCCGAACACCUGCCGAUCUAUCAGCACAAAGCCAAACUGAUUCAGGCUGUCAAAGACAGCACUUUCCUGGUUGUUACCGGCGAGACUGGCAGCGGGAAAACCACACAACUUCCAAAGUACCUGCAUCAAGCAGGUCUUUGUAAAGAUGGCAAAAUUGGCAUCACCCAGCCCCGCCGGGUGGCUGCCAUCACAGUGGCCCAGAGGGUAGCCCAGGAGAUGCAGUGCAAUCUGGGUAGAGAGGUUGGCUACCAAGUACGCUUUGAUGACUGCACAUCACCGAGCACCGUGGUGAAGUACAUGACAGACGGCUGUUUGCUCAGAGAGAUCCUGGCAGAUCCUGUACUUUCUCAGUACAGUGUUGUAGUCUUGGAUGAAGUCCACGAACGCAGCCUUAACACAGAUAUUCUCUUGGGUUUACUGAAGAAAAUGUUCUCCAACCCUGCUAAGACCCCCAAGGGCCGAUCCAUCCCUUUGAAGGUGGUGGUGAUGUCCGCCACCUUGGAAACUGACAAACUUUCAGCUUUUCUCGGCGGCUGUCCCAUCUUUGCUAUUCCAGGGAGGGCUUUUCCUGUCACCUGCACAUUUGGUUUUGCUGUAGGACCUAAAGACAUAGAGAGCACUGGUUAUGCAAAAGAGGUUGUCAAAGUGGCCCUUGAUGUGCAUACCAGUGAAAUGGCUGGGGAUAUUCUUGUUUUUUUGACAGGUCAGUCAGAGAUUGAGCGGGCCUGUGACUUGUUAUAUGAAAAAGCUGAGUCUAUUGAUUACCGCUACGAUGUGCAGGACCAAACAGUGGAGGGCCUUCUUAUUUUGCCUCUUUAUGGAUCCAUGCCCACUGAUCAACAGAGGCAGAUCUUUCAGCCUCCACCUUCAGGAAUAAGGAAGUGUGUAGUGGCCACAAACAUUGCAGCAACAUCUCUCACCAUCAAUGGCAUAAAGUACAUCAUAGACAGCGGGUUUGUGAAGCAACUCAACCACAACUCAAGGGUGGGCAUGGAUAUCUUGGAGGUGGUGCCUAUUUCAAAGAGCGAGGCUCAGCAGAGAGCAGGCCGAGCUGGAAGAACCUCAGCCGGGAAGUGCUUUCGAAUCUACACCAAGGAAUUCUGGGAGAAGAGCAUGCCUGAAUAUACAGUUCCGGAAAUCCAGAGGACAAGUCUGACUGCGGUGAUACUCACACUCAAGUGCCUGGGCGUUCAUGAUGUCAUUAGGUUCCCUUAUCUAGACUGUCCAGAGGAACGGUUUAUUCUCGAGGCAUUAAAACAGCUCUACCAAUAUGAUGCCAUCGAUAGGAGAGGUAGAGUGACCAAGCUGGGGGAGCUGAUGGUGGAGUUCCCCCUGCACCCAGGCCUUACCAGGGCCGUGCUCAAAGCCGCUUCGCUCGGCUGUGAGGACCUACUGCUCCCUGUGGCCGCCAUGCUGUCUGUAGAGAACAUUUUCAUCAGGCCAGGCCACCCUGAGAAGCAGAAAGAGGCAGAUAAAAAGCACAGAGCGCUGGCUGCCAAGAGCGGCAGUAUGAAUGACUUUGCCACUCUCCUCAGUGUGUUUCAGUCAUGUAAAUCCAGUGACAGACCCUCAGCCUGGUGUAAGGAUAAUUGGAUCCACUGGAGGGCGCUGAAGUCAGCCUUUAGUGUGGAGACUCAGUUGCGAGAGAUCCUCCUCCGCCUCCAACAGAAGAAAGAUUUCCCUGUGGACACCUUUGAUGGCAAUAAGAGUGAACUCUUCAGACGAUGCCUGUGUACAGGAUACUUCACCAACGUUGCCAGAAGGUCCGUUGGAAAGGUGUUUUGCACAAUGGAUGGCCAUGGAUCCAUGGUUCACUUUCAUCCAUCAUCAUCGCUGUUUGACCAGGAGGAUGAGCUGAACUGGGUCAUUUUCCACGAUGUGCUGGUGACCUCACGGGUGUAUAUCAGGACUGUGUGUCCUAUUCGAUACGAGUGGGUGAAGGACUUAUUACCUAAACUCCAUGAGGUGGAUGUCUAUGAGCUGAGCGGUGUGGCGAGAGAAGAAGUGACUGAUGAGGAGAUGAUCAAAUGGGAGACCAGGGAAGCUGCCAAAAGACAACCAGAGGUUUCUACUGAGGAUGUCAUGAAGAAGCUGGAGAAGCGAAACAACGAAACCACUGUCAGCGAUGCUCGUGCUCGCUACCUGCAGAGAAAGCAACAAAGACAACAAAAUAAAGCUCUUUGACAGAAAGCAAUUGUUUUUGAGGAUUAUAUCACAAAGGAGCAUUUUUGGAAAUUAUAUCUGAAUAAUAAACAUUUGUUACAUUUA